CCGGGUGUGUCAAACAACCAGGAUCUCUACUAAGACGGCUGGUUUUACUUCACAAUCUUGCUGCCUCGAACUAGCAAAAAAGAUCCUUUUUAUUUCAUAGGUUAACGGGGGUGUCUUCCCUCGUUCCUUAGUCACACUUGUGUGCGAUGGGGUGUUUUAAAAAUGGAAUAACAGACGAUGAAAAGAAACAGAAAACCACAAACAAAAAAAUUGAGAAGCAACUUAAGGAAGACAAGGUAGCAUACAGAGCCACUCAUCGAUUGCUGCUUCUCGGUGCUGGCGAGUCAGGGAAAAGUACGAUCGUCAAACAGAUGAGAAUUCUACAUGAUGUACAUGGCUUUACUGAACAGGAAAAACGUCAAAAAACUGAAGAUAUUAAGAAAAAUAUAAGAGAUGCUAUAUUGACCAUAACAGGCGCUAUGAGCACUUUAACUCCACCAGUAAAACUUGCCAACCCCAAUAACCAGUUUCGGUUCGACUACAUCCACGAAGUCGCUACUGCACCCGAUUUCGACUAUCCCCAGGAAUUCUAUGACCAUGCUAAAAUAUUGUGGCAAGACCAGGGAGUACAAGAGUGCUUCGAAAGAUCCAACGAGUACCAACUUAUCGACUGUGCCCAGUACUUUCUUGACAGGGUAGAAAUAAUCAAACAAAAAGACUACCUCCCAACAGAGCAGGACUUGCUUAGAUGUCGUGUUUUGACAUCUGGAAUUAUUGAAACAAGAUUUGAAGUUGAUAGGGUAAAGUUUCACAUGUUUGAUGUUGGAGGCCAACGUGACGAAAGAAGAAAGUGGAUACAGUGUUUUAAUGAUGUUACGGCUAUCAUAUUUGUGGUAGCAUGCAGUAGUUACAAUUUGGUUCUUCGAGAAGAUUCCACUCAGAAUCGAUUGAAAGAGUCCCUUGAAUUGUUCAGAAGUAUUUGGAAUAACAGAUGGCUGAGAACAAUUUCUGUAAUUUUAUUUUUAAACAAGCAAGACUUGCUAAAAGAAAAAGUGAGGGCUGGUAAAUCGCUGAUUAAAGACUACUUCCCAGAUUUUGAACGGUACAGGACGCCCCCAGAUGCCACGGCAGAGCCAGGUGACGAGGAGGCAGUUACGAGAGCAAAAUAUUUUAUUCGAGACGAAUUCCUUCGGAUCAGCACAGCAAGCGGGGAUGGCAAACACUAUUGCUAUCCACACUUCACUUGCGCUGUUGACACAGAAAACAUAAGACGGGUGUUUAAUGACUGCAGAGAUAUAAUCCAGCGGAUGCAUCUUCGACAGUAUGAGCUGCUGUGAUGAAGUCUGUAUCACCCGCCGUCACCUCAACCCCCCCUUAUCGUCGUUACACAACACCUCGGAGCUGCCUCGUUCGAGAUGUUGUACUCUGUUGAUAUCAAGGGCAGAAAUGUGUGUGUUAUCACAAGUGACAAUGGCCGUGGUGUAAAUAUGAUACUCUAUAUGUAAAACAAACUAGACAAACCUUUUUUCUUUACUGCGUGACGCACACUACACCUGCCGGGGGGGGAGCAGCGCGGUCGCCGCAGCGAGUCAUCAUGAGCACUUGGCAUGUAUAUUAGUAUCGCAUUCAUAUGGCUCGCUGAGGUUGGCAUUACUCUGCACCCCCCUGGUAGCGUGGCUCUUUCAUUUCUGGGAAUUCUCAAAACUGUUUUGGUCGAGAUGUAGUCGGAGCGCCACUCGAUUUAUGACCGUGUGCUUGGAGUGUAAUUCUCACGCUGGGACUUUGAUUCGAUAGGAGCAGGUACUGUGAAUUGCACUUAUAAACGAACUCUAUAACUAUUGAGAAAUUCGAGAUUAUUAAGAAAGACAUG